AUUUGCAAAAUAAUGUUGAUAAAAUUCCUUUGUUGCCUCUUGGCUUUAUUAAUGUUGGUUUCUGGACAAAAGCUAACUUCAGCCAACUUGAGAAAAUGCAACACCAUGCUGAACCAACUCGACUCUAAAAUUCAGGAGCUUAAAGCAAACUUGACCUCUGUUAACGCUGAGAUGAGUUCUCGGAUGUCCAGGAGUAUUGUUGGUACUGAUGCUAUUUAUGCUAUGGAUGCUACUCUUCCUGCUGGAACUCUGAAAUGUGGUCGACAGGAUAUCACAGGUUGGACUACAAACUUAGAUUCUUACUAUGCUGCAGGCAGCUCGACUUUGGUGUCUAAUACUUAUUUUUCAAAUGGUGUGUUUACUGCUCCUAUUGCUGGUUACUACAAUAUCUGUGGUUUCUUCAGAUUCAGAAACUCUGGGGUUUCCAACGACGUGAAUUUAUAUAAGGGAACAACAAUAAUUGCUUCUUUUGGAGAUGCGAUACAAUAUGAUUGGAGGUCAACUGGUACAUGCACAGUACAGUCUCUAGCAGCUGGUGAUACUAUUAAAAUGAGGCAGGAUUCUACAGGAUCUGCUGAUUGUAUUGAGGAAACUGGUUGGUUCUACGCUAGGUUCUCUGUUUAUCUUAUCAUAAAUUCAGCUUAAUCCAGGAGUCCAAAUUAAACCAAUCAGAGAUCAGAGUUCUGGUUUCAAUAAACUGAAUAAUGAUUUAUCAUUGGUGAUCUGGUUAAAGAAUUGCAAAGCUGUGACUAUGCUGGACAUAUUUCUUAUUCUUUGUUUAGUAUUUAAUUACAACAUAUGAACUAUAACUUUAAUGUACUAUAUUAGAAAUUAGGGAAAUGCUUUAUUGACUAAAUAUAUCUUAUAAAAAUA